CUUGGAUCAUGUGAUCUCACGAAACACUGCACAUAAAACAUGGCAGACAUUAAGUUGUUUGUGUUCGUAACAUUGGCGUUGUUUUCAUUGUCUGUCUGUACGAAGUACCAGCCGACAUGGGAGUCGCUUGACACCAGGCCUAUUCCUGGCUGGUAUGAUGACGUAAAACUUGGAAUCUUCAUCCACUGGGGUGUGUUCUCGGUGCCGAGCUUCAAGUCGGAAUGGUUUUGGUGGUAUUGGAAAGGUACGAAAAAUCCUGACGUGGUCGACUUUAUGAAGGAGAAUUUCAGACCCGACUUCACAUACGCUGACUUUGCUUCAAAGUUUACCACCGAGUUCUUUGUACCAGAAGAAUGGGCAGAAAUAUUCAAGGCGUCUGGUGCAAGGUAUGUGGUACUGACAAGUAAACACCACGAGGGAUUCACUAACUGGCCUUCCAAAUAUUCCUUCAACUGGAACUCCAAUGCCACCGGACCAAACAGGGACCUCGUCGGUGAGCUAGCUAACGCUAUCCGUGACAAAACUGACAUCAAGUUUGGUCUGUACCACUCCAUGUUUGAAUGGUUUAACCCUCUCUACCUCCAAGACAAGGCUAACAACUUCAGCACCAACAACUUUGUCCAGAACAAGAACCUUCCUGAGUUGUUUGAGAUUGUGGAGAAGUAUAAGCCAGAGGUGGUGUGGUCUGACGGGGACUGGGAGGCACCGGACACCUACUGGAAAUCUACACAGUAUCUCUCAUGGCUCUACAACGAAAGUCCGGUAAAGGACACUGUGGUUGUUAAUGACCGGUGGGGAAGUAAAUGCGCAUGUCAUCACGGUGGAUUUUACACCUGUGGCGACAGGUUCAACCCAGGAGUUUUACAGAAGCAUAAAUGGGAAAAUGCCAUGACAAUUGACAAGUAUUCCUGGGGUUUCCGUAGAAAUGCAAGACUUGCUGACUUCCUGACCAUCGAGGAACUCCUCAAGACAUUUGUUGGGACAGUCAGCUGUGGAGGGAACAUGUUGAUGAACAUCGGCCCGACCCAUGAUGGGAGGAUUGCCCCAAUCUUUGAGGAGAGACUGCGACAGAUGGGGUCAUGGCUGAAUGUGAAUGGGGAGGGGAUCUAUGGCACUCGCCCUUGGUCUCACCAAAAUGACACGGCCACAUCGGAUGUCUGGUACACCAUGAAGAAGUUCCCCCAUGUCACCGCCGUCUACGCUGUGGCUCUCCAGUGGCCAGAUACAGGUGUUCUCAAGCUAGGGGCUCCAACGGCCACAUCAGCCACUGUGGUCAGUCUGCUGGGAUACCCAGGGAACCUGAACUAUACCCGCGGCUCGGCCGGCGGACUAUCCAUACAGAUACCACCCAUACCGUUCAACAAGAUGCCCUGCGACUGGGCAUGGACGUUCAAGAUGACUGGACUUAGCAACUAGGUUUUAAUCACUGAUCGGCUAGGAGAGUAGGAGUGCCUUACUAUAAUAGAUAAUACAGGGUUAAAAAAAUCAUUAAGUAAUAGCGAGCGACUAGGGUAAAAUCAACUUUCUUGUUUUAUAGAGAAUUAUUCGUUUUUGUUUCAACAGUUAUUAGACACGCAUAUUAACAAGACAAAAGUCAUUCUAGAUGUCUUCUCUCUUAAUGAUAUAGAAAUCAUUAAAAUGAUUAAAUGUUUCCUAUAAGUUAUAAGAAGAAACAAUGAACAGCUGUAUUAUGUUAGUAAUCAGACAGUAGAAGUAUGUCUGAUCGCUAUAAAUCACUACCAGGGGUACUGCUAGAUCUCUGAUCGCUAUAAACCACUACCAGGGGUACUGCUAGAUCUCUGAUCACUAUUAAUCACUACCAGGGGUACUGCUAGAUCUCUGAUCGCUAUAAACCACUACCAGGGGUACUGCUAGAUCUAGGCGAUUUACCUUUCGAGGAGCCCUCCCCCUGAUGAUAAAAAUAUCAACUUUGGAGUAGUUGAAUUCAAAAGUCUUUCAUGUCAGGUAAAUUUGGUAAAGAGGAAUGCCUGAAUUUCAACUUGAGAUUGACUCUGUAACUUGUGUUCAAUAUCACACCAAUAUAUGAUGUGUUCGUGUUGCUCCCUGUAAUAACGCCGUGAAUGCAACAGAACCGAGGGAAGUGGGUGAGAGUGUUUAUUUUUCUAACAUUUCAAUAAAUAUGAACUAUUUCAUGUUUUGUACUCGUAAAUAAACUGCAAUAUUGAGUGGUGUCUUAAUGUCAGAAGAUGCAUUUAUGUUUAGUUGUGUGAGAGCCAAUAUGUAAUGUUAAGACACAUAAUAUAUCGGACUAGUUAACGUUUUUACUCUUAAUCACAUGUAAGGUUUGUACUUGAGUUGUGUAACUGUGUGUUUAUACUGUCAGAGAAAUCUCCUUCCACGCCCUGUGAUGUGAUUGGUGUAACAUGGAAUGUGUAUUACUGAUACAGUAUAAAUCUCCUUCCACGCUCUGUGAUGUGAUUGGUGUAACAUAGAAUGUGUAUCACUGAUACAGUAAAAAUCUCCUUCCACACCCUGUGAUGUGAUUAGUGUAACAUGGAAUGUGUAUCACUGAUACAGUAUAAAUCUCCUUCCACACCCUGUGAUGUGAUUGGUGUAACAUGGAAUGUGUAUUACUGAUACAGUAUAAAUCUCCUUCCACGCCCUGUGAUGUGAUUGGUGUAACAUGGAAUGUGUAUUACUGAUACAGUAUAAAUGUCAUCAAUGUUAAACGGGAUAUAUACUCAUUUUAAAAAAAAAAAAAAAAAAAUUCUAUUGUCUCGAGCUUUUGAUGUCAUUAAUAUUACCUUUUUGAAUAUCUCCACAAAUAAUCCUCAAUUUAAGCUAAUUAUCAUUGUCAUAAGGAUGGCAGCAGAGGGGAUUUUUAGGUCAAUUAUUGUAUCAAAAUUAAGCUAGGACAGCAGUUAACCAACGUGUGUGGCUCAGGAAUAUAUUGUAACACUUUCUGUUCACCUGACAAAGAUCGCCUGACAAAGUGUCUGUGAGGUCAUGCUGUGGUGCUGGCUCCAACUAUCAUCAACGUUUAAACAACUUCUUAAAAACCAUAAUAUCCAGAGUCAUGUACUUGGCAUGUAGCUCACUUGGGUGAAGAGUUAUCAACUUUAUUCAAAUAUAUGACCUUGAUCAACAUUCCAGUUCAUAGGGGUCAGAUGUAAAAGUAUCUUCAAGCAACUACUUACUUAGUAUAAUUAACUCAGAUAUCCACAAUGUAGAUUGCUGUAGUGAGGGGCUAUCAAAUUUGCUCAAAUAAAUGACCUUGUCUCAUAUUCAAGGUCAAAAGGUUUAUAUGAGUUGUAAAAUAAAAUAACUUAUAAAUUAUUGGUCCAAGGUUGAUACAAAUGAUAAACUCCACUACAUCUGCCCUCUGUUUCCUCGUGACUGUCUGUGUUAGCUAAUCAUUCUAUCGUUGUGGAGGAGGAAGUGAGUGAUACUGGACCAUUGGGCCUCUUGUUCAGAAAUACAUAUCAAAUGUUGUUCUUACUGCACAAUAUGUAUACAAUGUAUAUAAGUAGAUGUAUAUUUGUUCACUAAUACAAUCUUACAUUCCCAUUAUUUGUGUUGAGAUAUACUAUCAUUG